AUGAAAGUGAGAAGAACUUAUGCUUUAGUUGUAGGAGGUGGGCCUACUGGAAUAACAACAAGUUUGUAUUUUCAAAAAUAUGGAAUACCUCAUAUAUUAGUUGAGAAGGAUAAAUAUAUUGAUAAAAUUCCAAAAGCACAUUAUUAUAAUAAUCAAACAAUGGAAGUAUGGAGAGGAAUAUCCCAUUUAGAUAAAUGUAUUGAAAAUGAAACAGAAGAUUUAAAAUUAUGGAGAACAUUUCAAUAUGGCUUAAAUAUUAAAAAAGAUAAAAAAAUUUGUUCAUAUGACAAUUUUUUUAACAAAUAUAUAUAUAAUAAAGGAAAUAAAAAUGGAUAUGUAGAUAUGUACUAUGAAGAUAUAAGCCCAUCUAAAGUUGCACAUUUAUCCCAAUAUAAAUUAUUAGGUAUUUUGUAUACAUAUUAUAUGAAUAACAUAAAAUGUGAUACUAAUAAAAAGAGGGAAUUUUUAAAAAAAAUAAAAUUAAAAAUGUCUACAUAUAAACUCUUUAAAAAUAUGUUUUCUAUUUCUGAUUUGUGUAAUUGGUCAAAAGAUUAUAAAAAUGAUUCAAGCAUAGCAGAAGAUGAAAAAUGUUAUAGAAAUUUUUUUGGCUAUGACCCUUCCGAGGUAUUAAUAGGAUAUAAAUUUGUGGAUUUUAUGAAUAUAAAUGAGAUGAAACAGGUUUAUGAUGAUAAAAAAAACGAAAAAAACGAAAAAAAUGAACAAAAUGAAAAAAAUUUGAUAAUGACUUGUGUUAAGAAUCUAUACAACAAUGAAGAAGAAAUAAUUCUCAGUAAUUAUGUUUUUGUUUCUGAGGGAGGCAAAAGUGAAAUUAAAAUGAAAUUAAAUAUAAAUGAUGAAAAUAAAAAGGAUUAUAUGAAAUUUGUAAAUAUACAUUUUAGUUCAAUUUAUUUAAGCAAAUUAGUAAGAUAUAACCCAUCUAUGUUAUAUUUUAUAUUUAACAAAUAUAUAGGUGUUUUAGUAUGUCAUAAUUAUAAACAUGGGGAUUUUGUUUUACAUAUACCAUAUAUAAUACAAAAAGAGUUAGAGAUAUAUAGUAAUAAAAGUAAAUGCUUGGAUAUAAUAAAUAAAUUAGUUGGUUUUCAAUUAAAUGAUGUCAAUAUAUAUAAUAUUUAUAAAUGGACUAUGCAUAGUUCAAUUGCAUCUACAUUUAUUGAUAAAAAAAGUAAAAGAAUUAUACUUUUAGGAGAUUCAGCUCAUAAAUUACCUCCUUCAGGAGGGUUUGGAUUAAAUUUAGGAAUUGGAGAUGCACUAAAUAUAACAUGGAAAAUUAUCAGAAUUUUCAAAUUUGAAAAAAAAUUAUUUUUUGAAAAUAUUAAAAAUUAUAAUAUUUCUCAAGUAGAUAAAAGUUAUUAUAAAACUUAUUUAAAAAAUGAAAUAGACAAAAAUAACAAUUUUUAUAAUUUAUUAGAUAAAUAUAAAAAAGACAAAAUUAAUAAUUACAUUGAUUCAUAUAAUAUUGAAAGAAAAUUAGUAGCAUAUUACACUAUUUUUCAUGCAGUUAAAAAUUAUGAAAAAGGUAAUAAUAUAUCAAGUAUAUUAGGAUAUAAUCAUAGUCUGGUUGCAAAUAUUAUUAAAAAAAUUUCUAAUAAUUUUAUUCAAAAUUCAUUUUUAUUUUAUUCCUUAAUUAAUAAUGUUAAGGUUAUUUUACAUUUUAUAAAUACACUUCCAUAUGUGUUUGAAUAUAAACAAAUAAAAUCAGAAAAGUGUUCCCAAAAAAGGGGAAAUAUAUUAAACUUGUUAUAUCCUGGAAUUGAUUCAUGCUAUUCUUAUAUUAACACUAUGAACCCUCUUGAUGAUAAAAUAAUUAAAAAAAAUGAAAUAUAUGAAAAUUUUGAUAAAAAUGAUGUUUUGGGAAAAGUACAAAAAAAAGAACCCUCAAACAUGCAUAGAGAAGAAAAAAAUAAAUCCAAUUCUCAAAUUAAUGACAAAAUAAAUAGUAGUAAUAAUAUAUGCGAAGAAAAUUAUGAAAAUUUUAUUGAAAAAGAUAAUAUUUUAAAUUUUCAAAUUUUUGAAAAAAAAAAAGAUAAUGUACCAAGGUUAAAGGUUUGUGAAAAUAUAUACGAAUAUAAAAUAAGUAAUAUAAAUGGUGGCAAAAUUCCUCAUUUUAAUCUUUACACAUUUUUGGGUAAUAAUAUAUAUAAAAUGUCAACAAUCGAUUUGCCUGUAUUUAAUAAUCCAUUUCUAUCAUUUUUAGUAAUAGUAUUUGAUAACACAUUUUUAAAUAAGUUAAUUGAUCAUCUUUUAUAUCAUAAAAUUGGUAAAGAUAAAUUUUCUUUUUGUUUUUGGGAUUCUGAUGUUGUGGUAUAUCAAAACCAAGAAAAUCAACAGAUUGAAUUUGUGGAAGAACAUAGUUUUAAAAGCAUGGAUGAUAAUGAUAGUAUACGUGAUAGUAUAAUAAAUAUCAGUACCGAUUUGUUCUCACGAAAUAAUAAUGAACAUAUUUUAGAGAAUAUUUCAAAAGUUAAAUAUAAAGAAAUAUCUCCAAAAGGUUACAAUGUUAAUUAUGUAUUUUCAGCAAAAAUAAUACAAGAAAUGUUUUUAAAUGUUCUUAAUUUAAAAUCAAAAAAUUCUUAUGUAAUUGUCAGACCAGACAAGCAUAUUAUAUCAGCUUCAGACAAUAAUUUAUUGGAUAAAUUGGUCCAAAUAAAUAACCUUUAUAUUUAA